CCUCGGCUCCAGGAGCCUCUGGCAUUGGUGGACCUGCCAGAUCGAAGUUGAAGGCUGUAAGAGGCUGACUCACUGUCUGAGCCCAGCAAUGGGAUUCAAGUUGGUUUGGUCUCGGUUAUCGUGUCAACAAGUCAUUGGUGAUAAAAGGUCAUAAAGCAUUGUAGUGUGGUGUAUUGACAGACGCUGUCUGUGAGCAGAGGGACAAUUCCAGCCUCAUUCAGCAAUGCCAUUACACCCUCCACAGGACUGAAUGUAUUUUGUUUGAGAGGCUUUAUUUCCUGAUGUGUGGGUUUGAAUUCACUCCUGGUCUUGCAAAUGGGUAUGUAUAUGGUGUAUGUUAUUAGAAGCAGAGGGGACUGCUUGUAAAGUUAAGAGAUGAUGGAAACAAGCUUUAGUUUCCUUGUUACAAUGAGAAGUAAUUCUUCUUUUUCCAAUAUCUGGAUUUGGUCUCAAUUCUAAGUCCAGGAUUAACCUGGACUUUGUGUCUUUGCAAACAUACUACUGAAAGUUUAAUUCUGAUAGUGUUUUCCACCUGGGGAACUAAGACAGGAGAGUUUCAGAAGCACAGGAAUAACUUUGAUGACUGCUUUCUGAUCCUUUGCAGCUCCUAGGGAGCAAUCUGCUGACAUGCCCAGGUCCUUGAUGAAGCACGUGUUCAAACUCUUACUUAGAGAUGAUUUGCAGUUGAAUCUGAAUGUCUUCUUUACUUAACAGAGAAAAUAAGCUGUGUUCAGAUGAAUUUUCUAUAAACACUUGCAUCUGAAUGGGAUCUGCAGGUAUUUGAACAAAUAAAACCUGUUCCUAGACUAGUUCUUGGAUAGGAUGUUUUUCAUCUUCUCUUAUCUCUGCUACUAGACACAUUUUGCAACUCCUGCAGCAGUAUUCAGGGCUUAUGGCAAACGUUUUGCCUAUCCUGUAACUGCUGUAUUCAUGUGAUUUCUCACAUCUGUUUCAAGAUUUACAAAUGAAUAUGGGAAAUAGACCUUCAAAGCACACUUGUAGUGUAAAAACCCCCUUCCAAAACCUAAAGAUACCAAAUGCUGCCUCUUCUUGCAGAGGGAUAGUCAUUACUUCUGUUUGUUUGCCUUUGUCUCUGUUCUGCACAGGAAAAUGCUGUUGGUUGGCAGCAAAUGUAGCAGCAACACCAGGAUACUUGAACAACAGCUUUGAUAAGUUAAUUAAAGCAUUGCUUUUAGAAAAAAAACCCUAAACAUUAAGUCAACAUCACUUGAUUUCUAGCAGGAGUGUGGGCAGACUUGCAGUUCACGUCCUUCUGGAUAAACAUCCUGGUUACUGUAGACGAUGGCAUUACACCCGCGAAGAGUCCGCUUGAAGCCAUGGCUGGUGGCCCAGGUAGAUAGCGGGAUGUAUCCCGGCCUCAUCUGGCUAAACCGAGAGGCGAAGCGGUUUCAGAUCCCCUGGAAGCACGCAACUCGGCACAGCCCGCAGCACGAGGAGGAGAACACCAUCUUCAAGGCAUGGGCUGUGGAAACAGGAAAGUACCAGGAAGGAGUCGAUGAGCCCGACCCUGCGAAGUGGAAAGCCCAGCUCCGAUGUGCUCUUAACAAAAGCCGGGAAUUCAAUUUGAUGUACGAUGGCACCAAGGAGGUGCCCAUGAAUCCUAUUAAAAUUUAUGAAGUGUGCGAUAUCCCGCAAUCCCAGGGAUCAAUCAUUAAUCCAGGCUCCACUGGCUCAGCUCCGUGGGAUGAAAAGGAUAAUGAUCUUGAUGAUGAAGAGGAGGAGGAAUUGAAUCAAUCUCAGCAUGUCCCUAUUCAAGAGACAUUUCCAUUUCUUAAUAUCAAUGAUUCUCCAAUGGCUCCAGCCAGUGCAGAAAACUGCAGCCCUGAAGCUGUGUGGCCAAAGAAUGAACCUCUAGACAUGGAAAUGCCCCCAACAGCACUGCAGCAUGAUUUCUUCAGCAGCCCUGAGCUCUGGAUCAGCUCUCUACCAAUGACAGACCUAGAAAUCAAGUUUGAGUAUCGAGGGAAGGAGACCGGGCCGACGACGACUGUAAGCAACCCGCAGGGAUGCAGACUUUUCUAUGGAGAGCUGGGUCCUAUGCCAGACCAGGAAGAGCUCUUUGGGCCCAUUAGUUUGGAGCAAGUGAAGUUUCCAGGAACAGAGCAAAUCACCAAUGAAAGGCAGAAGAUCUUCACAAGUCGGUUGCUGGAUGUUAUGGACAGGGGACUGAUCCUGGAGGUCAGUGGCCAUGCCAUCUACGCUGUCCGGCUCUGCCAGUGCAAGGUGUACUGGUCUGGUCCCUGCGCACCUUCUUCCACCACACCAAAUUUGAUUGAGAGGCAAAAGAAAGUCAAACUCUUCUGCCUGGAAACGUUCCUAAGUGAGCUGAUUGCCCAUCAGAAGGGACAAAUCGAGAAGCAGCCACCAUAUGAGAUCUACUUCUGUUUUGGAGAAGAAUGGCCUGAUGGAAAACCCAGGGAGAGGAAGCUGAUUGUGGUUCAGGUCAUUCCCGUGGUGGCCCGGAUGAUCUAUGAGAUGUUCUCGGGUGACUUCACACGCUCCUUUGACAGCGGCAGCGUGCGCCUGCAGAUCUCCACCCCCGACAUCAAGGACAACAUCGUGGCCCAUCUGAAGCAGCUCUACCGCCUGCUGCAGAACCACCAGGAGGGGUGGCCCAUGCAGGCACCCGCCAUGCACAUGGCGCAGCCGCUGCCGGCGCAGUGAGCGGCGCUCGGCUCGGCCCCAGGUUUGCUUUAUGUUGUACAUACAGAAAAACUUAUUUCUUACCGAGUGCCUUGCCUAAAUCUGAAUAAAAUCAGUGUAAAUCUGGGCUCCU